UAUUUCUUGUUCUUAUGGUCUGGAUGUAUGCUAGCGAGUCACACUCCCUCCCUACCAGCUGGGGGCGGUGUCUAAUGCCGCCGCACGCCAUUAGACGUCAAGAAGAGGAAUCGUGGAGGUGAUGCUUUUAUUGUGAAGGAGUCAGCUCGGAAGUGUUGUGUGAUCGGAACAGAAACAGAAGAAGAAGAGUUGUGUGUUUACUGCUACUGUCUAUGAACAGAAAAAGAAGAGUUGUGUGUGUAUAGCCUACUGUCUAUGAACAGAAGCCCUGUGGACUGAACUAAAAGCCGGUAGCCUACUGCGUCACAAAUAAAGCCAAUGACAACAGUUGCAGUCCUUGGAGGGGGGAUCGGGGGCCUGGCAGCAUCUUACUACCUCUUUAAGAGCCCCCAGGUUACCAAGGUCCUUGUUUUGGAGUCCAGCAGUCGCUUCGGAGGCUGGCUGUGGUCCACCAGGAGGUCCGACGGGGCCGUGUUUGAACAUGGACCCAGGGGGAUCCGACCCGCUGGGGCAGUGGGACACAACACUCUCAAUAUGGUGGAUGACCUGGGUCUUGGCGGGGACAUCCUGCCGGUCCCCUCCAGUCAUGUGGCGUCCCAGAACCGAUACGUGUACAUGAACAGUCAGCUCCACAGGAUGCCCUCAGGACUCAGUGGACUUUUGCGGACUGUACCCCCCUUCUCUCGUCCCCUGCUGCUGAGUGUUGCCAUGGAGAUGCUAGUGAAGAAAGGCGCGGAGGAGGACGAGUCUGUCUAUUCGUUUGUUACCAGGCGACUGGGGAAGGAGCUGGCAGACAUAGCUGUGGACAGCUUGUGCCGCGGCGUGUUUGCGGGAGACUGCAGGAAGCUGAGCGUGCGUUCUUGUUUUCCGGUCUUGUACAACGCCGAGCAGCGGCGGGGCUCCCUGACGCUGGGCAUGCUGCUGGGCUCAGGCCCUUCUCCUGCCGUCCCCCCCGGCCCUCUGGCUCAGAGGUCCGUUACAGAGUCGUGGUCCCAGUGGUCGCUGAGCAGAGGAGUGGAGUCUCUCCCAGAAUGCAUCGCUGAGUACCUGCGGCGGAGCGGCAGAGUGGAGCUCCACAGGGAGGCGGCCGUUCAGCAGAUCAGCCCGUCAGCCUCCGGCUGGACGAUCAGGUUGGAGGAUGGAGUCGUAUCAGCUGACCACAUCAUCUCUGCACUGCCUGCUAAAGCCCUGGCCUCAGUCCUGCCCCCCUCCUGUCAAACUCUCAUCCAGCUACUGCAGGACAUCUCCACGGUAACGGUCGCUGUGGUGAAUCUAGAGUAUGAGGGCUCCAUCCUGCCUGUGUCGGGCUUCGGACACCUGCUGCCGUCAUCGGAGGAUCAGGCUUUACUCGGGGUGGUCUACGACUCGGUUCCCUUCCCUCAGCACGACAGAACUAACGGACCGACUACCAGACUGACGGUGAUGAUGGGAGGGGCCUGGUUCCACGAGGUCUUUGGGCCCCCGGACACCGUAUCAGAGGAGCGUCUUUUAGCGAGAGCCACUGAGGCCGUGCAAUGCCACCUGGGAGUCCCCACAGCACCCAGCUGGAGCCGGGUCACUGUACAGAGGGACUGUAUACCUCAGUAUUACCCAGGACACUUCCGGAGAGUAGAGUCCAUGCGUAGCUUCAUAAGGGAGAAUAAUCUCUCGCUGUCUCUGAUCGGCUCCUCCUACGACGGCGUGUCAGUCAACGAUGUCAUCUUUAAUGGACGAACAGCUGUGGAGCAGCUGUUGGGAACUGGAGUUUGAUGGAGCGUGUUAACACUGGGACAUGACAGCACCAAGUGCUCUGCGGGCACGCGGGUCUUUGAUAGAAUACAAAGUUUAGUUUUUUU